AUGCGCAAUUCGCUUCGCUUGCAGCUUAGCAUCAGCGACAAGCCUGAGACCAACAGUCCACACCCGAAUCGUGUCGCAGCGCUGAAUGAUGUAGCGUCCCGCGUUGCGACAACACCCGCAGACGCUGCGCGGCUAGAGGAACUGAUGCGCUUGGAAGCUAUCCGGCGGUCGAUGCAAGAUAUAAGCAUCGAAAAAAACGACGAGGAACGAGGGAAAGGGCAGAAUCUUCAGAUCUCUAACAACGUGAGUGGAGAUACCGGUGAAGGGUUUGACUGCAACGUCGGCUGUGCUAAGGGUGUGGUGCUGAACGCAUCUCAACUCAGCGUUAACGCCCGAGAUGUGCUACACUAUCCCUCCAGCUCAUUCACAUCUCACUACCGCAAUAAUGUUGCGCCCCCAAUUCAAUCGUCGAACACACCGAGUUGGUAUUGCGGCAGCUAUUGA